AUGGGGGCGCGGCGGCUGCUGCUGGUCGCGCUCGGACUCGGUCUGUGCGGGCCGCUGCUGUCUGUCCGCACUCGGACUCGCCGGCCAGAAUCAAAACUAGAAAAUGCUACUCUGGUACCCCGUUCAUUUGUUAUCAGGAAUUCUGUUGACAUUUAUGAGAAAAUUCCACCCGAUGUCUAUGAGGAAAAAGAUGAAAACAAUUUUACCGAAGAGAGAUUCACCUCCAUCAAUAAAAGUCAUCUUCUUCAAAAACCACCUCCUAUAUUCAUCUCGAAAGAAGCCUCAAGUUAUCUGACCAGUCCCUGGCUGACCCUCUUUGUCCCUGCUGUUUACACUGGCGUGUUUAUCAUGAGCCUUCCUCUCAACAUCAUGGCCAUUGUUGUCUUCAUCAUGAAAAUGAAGAUCAAGAAGCCUGCUGUGGUAUACAUGUUACACCUGGCCACAGCGGAUGUGCUCUUUGUGACUGUGCUCCCCUUUAAGAUCAGCUAUUACUUUUCCGGAAGUGACUGGAAAUUUGGGUCUGAAAUGUGUCGCUUUGUCACUGCUGCAUUUUAUUGUAAUAUGUAUGCCUCCAUCAUGCUGAUGACAGUCAUAAGUAUUGACCGCUUCCUGGCUGUGGUGUACCCCAUGCAGUCCCUCUCUUGGCGCACGCUGGGGAGGGCUUCCUUUGCUUGUCUGACCAUUUGGGCUGUGGCCAUCGGAGGCGUGGUACCUCUUGUCCUCAAAGAGCAAACCACCCAGGUCCCAGGCCUCAACAUAACCACCUGUCAUGAUGUGCUCAAUGAAACCAUGCAUAACAACUAUUUCGUGUAUUAUUUCACAUCCUUCUCCGCCAUCUUCUUCUUUGUGCCAUUGGCCAUUUCCACAGUCUGUUACGUGUCUAUCAUUCGAUGUCUUAGCUCUUCCACAGUUGCCCAACAGAGCAAGAAGACCCGGGCUUUGUUCUUGUCAGCUGCUGUUUUCUGCAUCUUCAUCAUUUGCUUUGGACCCACGAAUGUCCUCCUGAUUAUGCACUAUUCACUCUUUUCUUCUAAUUCCUCAAUGGAGUCUGCCUACUUUGCCUACCUCCUCUGUGUCUGUGUCAGCAGCCUAAGCUGUUGCAUUGAUCCCUUGAUCUACUAUUAUGCUUCCUCUGACUGCCAGAGGCACCUCUAUAGUAUCUUAUGCUGCAAAGAAAGCUCUGGCCCCAUCAGUUACAACAGUAGUGGCCAACUCAUGACAAGUAAAAUGGAUACCUGCUCUACUAACUUGAAUAGCAGCAUAUACAAAAAGCUGUUAGCUUAA